AUGGAAAAGAGGAAGGCCAGCCCUGAGAAGGAAACACCGAGGAAGAAACACAAGCAAGGCUGCAAAGCCAAAGUGUUGGUGGACCAGGAAAACACCACUGGGGUAAAGAGAAGGGCUGGUGCUGAUCAAGAUGCACCCCACAAGAGACGCAGGGUCGGCAGUGAAGCAAAAGAUGCCACAAGCACACUUAAGAAAGUGUCAGUGAAGGACACCAAUGAUGGGACGACAAAGAGGAAGAUCUGCCUCUGUAUAAAGUUGCCCAAAAAGAUGAAGAUGAAGAAGGAGCCUGAGAUGAAUCAAAGCUCCAGCAGCUCCUCCUCUUCAGAUGGGCAUCCUGAAAAUCCCAAAGUGAACACUAGCAGAGCUGAUUUUAAGGCAAAAUAUCUUCAGCUGUGUAAGAUCGGGGAAGGAGGUUUUGGAUCUGUGUAUUCUGGCCUCCGCAGAUCAGACUGUUUUCCAGUGGCAAUCAAACACAUUCAAGGACCUGAAGUGGAUCUUGAAAUGACACUGCAUGGAAUCCCUCGAGAAGUAGCUCUAAUGCAGAGAGCCACAAGUGGAACAACAGAUUGCGCUGUUGUCAGCCUCUUGGACUGGUAUCACCUGGACAUGGAGCUGAUCAUUGUGAUGGAAAGACCGGUUCCCUCCAUUGACCUCAGAAGCUACGUAUAUGGACGAGGAGGCACUUUGGAGGAAGACGAAGCUAAGAACUUCAUGGCUCAGAUGGUUGAAGCAGCCAUCGAUAUGCACCAACGAGGUGUGUUUCACCGGGACAUAAAGGCCGAAAAUGUCCUGGUGGAAUUGUGCUCCAGAGGCCAACGCCUCCGAAUAAUUGAUUUUGGCUGUGGCAGUUUUAAGCUGAAGAAAUCCCACCAUACUUACAGUGGGACCUUCUCAUUAGCCCCUCCUGAGUGGGACAUUAACAAGUCUUACAAGGCCGCUCCUACAACAGUUUGGCAGCUUGGAGCCAUGCUGUAUCGUAUGCUGCACACUCAAACCUUUAGGACCAUGAGAUACAUCACUGGAAAAAUUCAGCUCAAUAAUGAGCUAUCAAAAGACUGCUUGGAUUUCUUCCGACUGUGUCUGGCCAUCUUCCCUGAAGACCGUGCCAGCCUCCAGCAGCUACAGCUCCACCCCUGGCUGAAAACAUCUCACCCUUCAUCCUAA